CGCUCGUGUCCCAGGGUUCCGGGUGCUGUCCGGCUCUCUGGCGCAGGCGCGGCGCGCGCGCCCCCUGGCGGCCCGGCGGAGCGAAGGGUUCAAAGCAACAUGGCGGGGGAUGGCAGUUUGUGAGAGAGCGAGAGAGAAAGAAAGGAGAGAGCAGUUGGGCAGGAGAAGGAGGACGGCCGACACCGGGUCCCGCUGACCGUCUGGGCAUGGGAGCCGCUCCCCGAGGGGCUUGUGAGCGGGUUGGAGUGUGAGCGCGGCGGCCUCGGGGUGUGCCCGGGCUCCACGCUGCCUGUUGCUGGUUAUGUUGGACAUGUUUCUAUUUUGUGGUCGACUAAAUCUUGGAUAAUUGGAGGAAGCAGCAUCAGUUUGUUGCAUCAAGUGUGACAACCUUGCUUUCUUGGUCUUGGUCUAGUUCAGGAUGGCUGCAUCAUCAGCUUCAUAUGAUCAGCUCCUGAAGCAAGUAGAGGCCCUUAAAAUGGAGAAUUCAAAUCUGCGGCAGGAGUUGGAGGACAACUCAAAUCAUCUGACACAACUAGAGACCGAAGCAUCCAGCAUGAAGGAGGUCCUGAAGCAGCUGCAGGGUAGCAUUGAGGACGAGGCUCUGGCUUUGGCUUCUGCUGGACAGAUUGAUCUGCUGGAACGGCUGAAAGAAUUGAACUUGGACAGUGCGAAUUCUCCUGCAAUAAAAUUAAGGACUAAGAUGUCACUGCACUCAUAUGGAAGCCGAGAGGGAUCCGUGUCUGGUCGUUCAGGAGAAUGUAGCCCUGUUCCAGGGAGUUCAGUUCCAAGAAGAGGUUUUGUCAAUGGAGGCCGAGAAGGCACUGGCUAUUUAGAAGAGCUGGAAAAAGAGAGGUCUUUGUUACUGGCUGAGAUUGAAAAGGAAGAGAAGGAAAAGGAUUGGUACUAUGCACAACUUCAGAAUCUCACUAAGCGGAUCGAUAAUCUCCCUCUUAUAGAAAAUUUUUCUCUGCAGACAGACAUGACUAGAAGACAGUUAGAGUACGAAGCACGACAGAUUCGAUCUGCAAUGGAAGAGCAACUGGGAACCUGUCAAGACAUGGAGAAACGAGCUCAGAUGAGGGUGAUACGAAUUCAGCAAAUCGAAAAGGACAUGCUUCGUUUACGACAGCACUUGCAGUCCCAGACAACGGAAUCCGAGAAGGCAUCGCAAAAUAAGCAUGAACAGCCGGUGCCACGUGAUGCAGAAGGGCCGAGUGACUGUCAGGAAACAACAGAAGCCAGCAUGGGUACCACAGGGAGUGGCCAGGGUUCAGGGGCACGGGUUGAGCAAGACGCUGCUAGUGUGAUGAGCUGUAGUAGUUCUUACUCAGUUCCUCGAAGACUGACAAGUCACCUGGGUACCAAGGUGGAAAUGGUAUACUCGCUGCUAUCGAUGCUUGGUACACACGACAAGGAUGAUAUGUCACGAACUUUGCUAGCAAUGUCUAGUUCUCAGGACAGCUGUAUAGCUAUGCGUCAGUCUGGUUGUCUUCCGCUGCUCAUACAGCUUUUGCACGGCAAUGAUAAAGACUCUGUGCUGCUGGGCAAUUCACGUGGUAGCAAGGAGGCCCGUGCAAGGGCCAGUGCUGCACUACACAAUAUCAUCCAUUCGCAGCCAGACGACAAGCGCGGCAGACGGGAGACCCGUGUUCUUCACCUAUUAGAACAAAUCCGUGCUUAUUGUGAGACGUGUUGGGAAUGGCAGGAGGCACACGAACGUGGUGUGGACCAAGACAAAAAUCCAAUGCCAUCUCCAGUAGAACACCAGAUAUGUCCUGCAGUGUGUGUACUUAUGAAGCUUUCCUUCGAAGAAGAACACAGGCAUGCAAUGAAUGAACUAGGUGGUUUACAGGCUAUAGCUGAAUUGUUGCAAGUGGAUUGUGAAAUGUAUGGACUCACCAGUGACCACUACAGUGUCACAUUGCGCCGCUAUGCAGGAAUGGCACUUACAAAUUUAACCUUUGGGGAUGUUGCAAAUAAGGCUACACUCUGUUCUAUGAAGGGCUGCAUGAGAGCAAUGGUAGCUCAACUUAAAUCGGAAAGUGAAGAUCUACAACAGGUCAUUGCCAGUGUAUUGAGAAACUUAUCAUGGCGAGCAGAUGUGAACAGUAAAAAGAUCUUGCGUGAAGUUGGAAGUGUGAGCGCCUUAAUGGAAUGUGCACUCGAUGUGAAAAAGGAAUCAACUCUAAAGAGUGUUCUAAGUGCUCUGUGGAAUUUAUCUGCACAUUGUACUGAAAAUAAGGCUGACAUUUGUGCUGUCGAUGGUGCCCUUGCCUUCUUAGUAGGCACUUUAACUUACAGAAGCCAAACCAAUACACUGGCCAUCAUUGAAAGUGGAGGUGGUAUUCUACGCAAUGUUUCCAGUCUGAUUGCUACAAAUGAAGAUCACAGGCAAAUCUUGCGUGAAAAUAACUGCUUACAGACAUUGCUACAGCACUUAAAGUCCCAUAGCCUGACUAUUGUCAGUAAUGCAUGUGGAACCCUUUGGAAUCUCUCUGCUAGAAAUGCCAAGGACCAGGAGGCUUUGUGGGACAUGGGAGCAGUUAGUAUGCUCAAAAAUCUAAUUCAUUCUAAACAUAAAAUGAUUGCAAUGGGAAGUGCUGCAGCUUUGAGAAACCUAAUGGCCAACAGACCUGCUAAGUAUAAAGAUGCCAACAUCAUGUCUCCAGGAUCGAGCCUACCAUCUCUACAUGUUAGGAAACAGAAAGCACUGGAAGCAGAAUUGGAUGCUCAACAGCUAUCGGAGACUUUUGAUAAUAUUGAUAAUUUGAGCCCCAAAACAUCACAUCGCAGUAAACCAAGACACAAACCAGGCCGGUUCAGUGAGUAUGUUUUGGAUUCUGGAAGGCACAAUGAUGAUGGGGUAUGCAGGUCUGAGAGCUUCAACACUGGAAAUGUGACUGUGUUGUCGCCAUAUAUGACUUCGUCCUCAAGAGAUGGCAGGGGCAGUGUAGAAGGCUUCAGAGCAGAAAAAGACCGAAGUGCUGAAAGAGAUCGAAGAGGAACUGAUACCUUUCAUUCAUCUGAUAUUGUGUCCGAUCCUUCUAAAAGAAUUGGAAGACAGAUGACUACCAGUGUAGCUCAAAUAGCCAAGGUCAUAGAAGAGGUAUCAAAUAUGCAUUUAUCCUCUGAGGAUAGAAGCUCCGGAUCUGCUUCCGACCUGCACUGUGUGUCAGAGGACAGGACCGGUCUAAGGCGAGCGUCGUCCUCUCACCCCCAUUCUAAUAUUUUUAAUUAUAAUAAACCUGAAAACCCCAACAGAACCUGCUCCAUGCCUUAUGGAAAAAACGAGUACAAGCGGUCAUCAAAUGAUAGUUUGAAUAGCGUUAGCAGCAGUGAUGGGUAUGGUAAGAGGGGGCAGAUGAAACCAUCGAUUGAAUCUUAUUCAGAGGAUGAUGAAAGUAAGUUCUGCAAUUAUGGAAAAUAUCCAGCAGAUCUCGCCCACAAAAUUCACAAUGCGAAUCAUCUGGAUGACAACGAUGCUGAGCUAGACACGCCAAUUAACUACAGUCUCAAAUACUCAGAUGAACAACUAAAUUCCGGCCGGCAGAGCCCAUCACAGAAUGAACAAUGGGCACGACCAAAGCAUAUUGUAGAGGAAGAGAUGAAAAGGAAUGAACACAAACAGUCGAGGAAACCGAGCUCCGGCUAUUCCAUGUUUUGUGAAAGUGGCUGCAGUGCAGAGGAAUCUCGCAUCAAAUUCCAGCCUCGGUUUAGCCAGUCAGACUGCUCCUCUUAUAGCGCCAGGGUGCACAACAACUCCGAGCCGAUCCGGGUGGAUUCUGAGCACAGAAUGAACCAGUCUAUUUGCCAGGUGGAUGAUUAUGAAGAUGAGAAGCCAACCAAUUACAGCGAGCGUUACUCUGAAGAAGAGCAGGCUGAUGAGGACAGGCCCACAAACUACAGUAUGAAGUUUACAGAAGAGGAGCACCAUGUUGAACAGCCCAUCGACUACAGUUUGAAGUACUCCUCAGAAAUUCCUCCCUCUUCACAGAACCAGGCUUUCAUGUAUUCGAAAGGCUCUUCAGCUCAAAGCACAACAAAGGAUCACACAGGAUCCAGUUGUGCCAGCACACCAAGCUCCAAAAUCAGCAAAUCUAGUCAGCAAAACUGCCUGCACCCCAGUUCUGCACAUUCUAGAGCUGCCCCUAACCCCGCGGGACAGAAAUCGUCGGCUUGUAAGACUCCUUUAAUUAACCAAGAAACUAUGCAGACCUAUUGUGUAGAGGACACACCUAUUUGCUUUUCAAGAUGUAGUUCACUAUCUUCACUGUCUUCAGAGGAUGAAAUGGAAGGUCGUGGUCAAGCUAAGCGUGUAUCAGAUGAUGGAACCACUCUGCAGAUCAUUGACCUUAAGGAAAAUCGUGCGGCAUUACCCAAUGAAACAGGUAUAAGUGAGACAUCCUCUGCCUCCCAUCACCAACGAAUGAAACAAAAUCGGCUGCAUGCCACCAAUGUGUCUCAGCCUGACAUGUCCAGGCAGAAAGCUGUCGAGUUCUCUUCAGGUGCCAAAUCACCAUCUAAAAGUGGAGCUCAGACUCCGAAGAGCCCACCAGAUCACUAUGUGCAAGAAACUCCUCUGGUCUUCAGUAGAUGCAGUUCAGUCAGUUCACUGGGCAGUUUUGAGAGCCAGUCAAUUGCCAGUUCUAUUCAGAGUGAACCCUGCAGUGAAAUGGUUAGCGGUGUCAUAAGUCCAAGUGAUCUUCCAGACAGCCCAGCAACGAUGCCUCCGAGCAGAAGUAAAACCCCACCACCCCAACCGACUCAGCUAAAAAGAGAAGUGCAUAAAAGCAAGGAACAGAGUAACGUUAAAAGCAGAGAGACGGGUCACAGGCAAGAGGCUGUGAAUGCAGCUGUUCAAAGAGUCCAGCUUCCUCAGGACAGUGAUAUAUUGAUGCAUUUUGCCACAGAAAACACGCCAGAUGGUGUUUCUUGUGCAUCCAGCUUGAGUGCUCUUAGUCUUGAUGAGCCGUUUAUUCAGAAAGAUCUUGAACUCCGAGUUAUGCCUCCUGUAUAUGAAGACGAACAAAGAAACGAUGAACCUGAUAAGGAGGAAGAUACAAGUGAGAAAAUUAAAUGCAAAGUAGAAAAAGCUGGUGAACCUGAGAAGGACAUGUUGGAAGAUGACGAUGACGAUGAUGAUAUUGAAAUCUUGGAACAGUGUAUUAUUUCAGCCAUGCCAACAAAAUCUUCAAGUAAAGCAAAGAAAUCUGCUGGCAAUGCACCACGGUUACCCCCUCCUGUGGCAAGGAAACCGAGUCAGUUGCCUGUGUACAAACUUCUCUCCAAUCAAAAUAGAAUCCAUUCUCAAAAGCACGUCAGCUUCAACCAUGAUCUAUUUCGGGAAGAUAUGCCCCGAGUGUAUUGUGUUGAAGGAACUCCCAUAAACUUUUCGACAGCUACGUCACUAAGUGAUCUCACGAUCGAGUCACCCCCAAAUGAAUUGGCAAAUUCAGAAGGAACUCGUUCUGCAAUAAUGGAAAAGAGAGAUACCAUCCCAACUGAGGGGAGGAGCAUGGACGAUGCUGAGGCAGCAAAAGGAUAUGCUGGUCCUCAGUCAGGGCAAGAUGAUGAUAAAACUGAGGAAGGUGACAUUCUAGCUGAAUGUAUAAACUCUGCUAUGCCAAAAGGAAAGAGCCAUAAACCCUACAGAGUUAAGAAAAUAAUGAAUCAGGUGCAGCUGCCGUCAGCGUCUCCUGUCAAUCAUGCAAGUCAGCAAGAGGCGGAGAAAAGGAAACCGACCUCUCCAGUGAAACCAAUGCCCAAGAACAGUGAGUAUAAGACCAGGUCAAUGGAACAAAGUGUGUCUGAUCUUCCAAGUAGUUUUUCUGCAGAAGGCAGCAACUCAGAAAAGAAGAAAGAUAUGGAAAAGUGUAGCAAACUGCAACCCACAAAAGGUUCUCGUGGGGAUUUUCAUGAUAAACCACAGAGUAACGAUAACCGUGUACGUGGUGGGUUUGUGUUCGACUCCCCACAUCAUUAUACUCCAAUUGAGGGAACUCCAUAUUGUUUUUCACGAAAUGAUUCCCUGAGCUCACUCGACUUUGAUGAUGAUGACACGGAUCUCACAAAAGAGAAAGCCGAGCUGAAGAAAGAGAAAGACAGAAAAGAUAAGUAUGCCGCUGGUGAUGUAAAGAAUUGUCACAAUGAACAGCGCCCCAAUAGUCAGCUCCCCGCUGGAAGGCAACAACCAGGUCACAAGUCCUUGCUGGCCCGAGGACCGUCAAAGUUACAAAAACAGGCGGUUUUCUCUCAAACGGCAAAAGAUAUGAGUGUCAGAGAUACUGUUACAGACGAGAAAAUGCAAAAUUUUGCGAUUGAAGACACACCUGUCUGCUUUUCCCGCAAUUCCUCGCUUAGCUCUCUCAGUGAUAUUGACCAGGAGAACAAUAAUAAAAAAUCACCGGCUCAGCCUGAACAGGGAGAACCAGUGCCUGUAAAUAGAGCCCAGGGUUCCGGUUAUGCUCCCAAAUCAUUUCACGUGGAAGACACACCAGUGUGCUUUUCUCGAAACAGCUCCCUCAGCUCUCUCAGCAUCGACUCUGAGGAUGAUCUUCUACAGGAGUGUAUCACUUCAGCCAUGCCCAAAAAGAAAAAACUCUUUGCAAAAGGUAAGAGUAAACGUGAAAAUGCAGCUAAUAGUGGCAGUUUGGGUGGUGAGGACACCGAUGAGGGGAUGAGUAUGAGAGAACAAGGGCAUAGCCCUAUUCCAGAACAGGCUUUCUCUCCGGAUUCCGAAAGCUUUGACUGGAAAGCCAUUCAAGAGGGCGCUAACUCUAUAGUUAGUAGUUUGCACCAGGCUGCUGCUUGCCUGUCAAGACAAGGUUCUUCUGAUUCUGAUUCCAUCCUGUCUCUUAAAUCUGGUAUCUCCCUAGGAUCGCCCUUUCACCUUACACCUGACCAGGAGGAAAAGCCCUUCACUUCUAAUAAGGGCCCUAAAAUUGUAAAACCGGGAGAGAAAAACACAAGUGACAACAGAAAGAAUGAAGAAGAAAAUGUAAAAGCUAUUCGAGGAGGUAAAAAAGUAUAUAAAAGUUUGAUUACUGGGAAAGCCCGUUCCAAUGUUGAGUCUUCUAGUCUGGCUAAACACCACCAACAGACAAACAUGCCCAUGAUCUCACGUGGAAGGACCAUGAUUCACAUACCAGGUGUAAGGAACAGCUCACCCAGCACCAGCCCUAUUCCAAAGAAGACUCCACCCAAAAAUGCAGCCUCUAAAAGUCCAAGCCCAGGACAGAAUUCAAGUAAUUCACCAAGAGGGAUCAAAGGCCCAAUCAAACCUGACCCAAGUCCUACAGCCAAGCACACAGGGACUCCGGGAGCAUCAAGCAGUAAAGGAUCUUCAAGAUCAGGAUCCAGAGAUUCCACACCUUCUAGACCAUCCCCACAGUCUUUGUCUAGACCGUUGCAGUCUCCUGGUAGAAGUUCCAUCUCUCCAGGAAGAAAUGGGAUCAGCCCCACUAACAAGAUAUCACAGCUGCCACGGACGACUUCUCCAGGUUCUGCCUCAGCUAAACCUGGAGGAUCAGGUAGAAUGACUUACACAUCUCCAGGGAGAUCGCUGAGCCAGCAGGCCCCAUCAAGGCAAACUAAUCUAGGAAAGAACACAGCUUCUAUCACAAGAAGUGAAUCAAGCCCUAAGGGAUUCAACCAGGGUGCCAAUAACACUGUACCACCUAAGAGAGUGGAACUAUCAAGAAUGUCUUCAACAAAGUCGAGUGGCAGUGAGUCUGACAGGUCGGAGAGACCCACUUUAAUGCGUCAGUCAACUUUUAUAAAAGAAGCCCCGAGUCCAACGUUGAGGAGGAAAUUAGAGGAAUCAACUUCUUUUGAAUCUUUAUCGCCGCCCUCCAGACCUGCCUCGCCAACCAGACCACAAACCCAGACUCCAGUUUUAAGUCCAUCUCAGCAUCAAGAUAUGAUGCUAAGUCAUUUAUCCAACCAAACCAGCAGUUGGAGGAAAGUACCUCCAAAUCAGAACCUCACUGCAGAAUAUUUAGAUGGGAGGGCAAUGAGGAGGCCUGACAUAGCUCGUUCUCAUUCUGAAAGUCCUUCGAGGCUUCCUGUGAACAGAUCAGGAACAUGGAAACGUGAACAUAGCAAACAUUCCUCAUCCCUUCCUCGAGUAAGCACAUGGCGAAGAACAGGGAGCUCCUCAUCAAUUCUGUCAGCUUCUUCAGAAUCGAGUGAAAAGGCCAAAAGUGAAGAUGAGAAGCCGCAUCUCGGAAGUUUUACCCACGGCAAUAAACAACCCAAGGAAAGUGCAGUGCCCUUGAGGGGAACCUGGAGAAAAAUAAAAGAUAAUGAAAUUCUACAAAUGAGCAGCCACCCUCAGAGUUCAGCUGCAAAUAGUAAUGAAUCCAAAAGUUUAGUUUACCAGAUGGCUCCUCCUGUGUCAAAGACUGAGGAUGUGUGGGUGAGAAUUGAAGACUGUCCAAUAAACAACCCUCGGCCAGGAAAAUCCCCAUCAACUAAUACACCCCCAGUUAUCGAUGAUUUGCCCGAAAUGUCUCCAGAUGAUGAGGGUUCAGGUGAUUCACAGAAUAGACAAAUGCCAGGACGUGGAACCCCUCCUCGAGCUCCACGAAUGGAGCACCGCUUGAAUUCAUUUCUUCAGACGGAUAGUCCCGAGAAGGCAACAGAAUUGAAGUCUGCUGUGAACAGUUCUGCUACUUCACCGGAGAUCGAGAACAAUAUCGUCACCGAGCGUACGCCUUUUAGUUCAAACAGCUCAAGCAAGCACAGCUCACCUAGCGGUACCGUAGCUGCCAGAGUUACCCCAUUCAACUAUAUCCCCAGUCCUCGUAAAAGCAGCACCGACAGCAGCGCCUCCAGACCAUCACAGAUUCCAACCCCUGUAACCAGCACCAAGAAAAAGGAGAACUCUAAACCUGAAAGCACCGAAUCAAGUGGAAAUCAAAGCCCAAAACGUCAUUCUGGAUCCUAUUUAGUGACUUCUGUUUGAGAGAACUUUGUGAUUGUAGGAAACUGAUUAUUAUGUAGGAUUUUGGUACAAAUGUCUGAUAUUUGAGAUGACUGCUGGUUUUACAAUAAUUACCUAUCAACUUGGAUAUGUUCUGUAAAUAUCUCUUACUGUUUUUUUUCUCUCUCUGCAAAAGGGUCUUUGUUCAGGAAGCCAUAUUUGUUAGAAAACUGUUAAUGCUGGUGGAGAUGCAUUUGGUUAUGAGGUUUGAGGUCAUUGCAGCUGUCAAAGAAAACCCAUUGUACAGUCCGUUUUACAUGUAUUCUGUAUUAAGAGUUCCUGCCAUGAUCCUUUAUGUAUUGCUUGGCUUAUAACUAAAAAAAACAUACUUGGAAAUGAUUUAGGCAAAUCCAUUAAAAUGUAUAAUGCUGUACCAAUCAUGUUUAACAAUUUAAUAGCAAAAAAAAUGGCAGGGAGUUUUAAACUAGAUAUCUAAUUACAUCCAUGCAAAAAGGUGAAUGAAAUGAGUAUUAUUAAUAUUCCACAUUUGUAAUUGUGAAGUACCCUAACCUUGUGAAGAAUCAUGCAGCUGUGAAAUUCAGAAAUUCACAGACAUGAUUUCUGCCACAACAGCCUUCCCCAGCCUGCUCUUCUGCAUGAUCAGAUUGGAUGGUAUGUUGUCCAAAGCAAUGACUCAAUUCUGUGGUCAUAUGAUGUGCAUAGAUAGCUACGGUGUAUUCAUGUACACUGCUGUGUGUGUGUGCGCGCGCUGCAAAGAGAGAUUGUCUGUAACCUUGCAGCCUUGGACUGGAGUAUUUUCUUUUCUGAUCUAGAUUUCAUCAGAAAGUAGAUAGACCCAUUGCUAUGCUGUAACUUGUUGUAUAUUGUUAUUUGAGGUGAGAUGGCUGCUCUUUUAUGAAUGAGACGGAAAUCGUCUCAAAAGAACUAAAUGAACAUUUCAGAAUAAAUUAUUACUGUAUGUA